CCCAUUUUGUGUACCUUUGUGUUCUUCGGGGGAAGGAGGAACGCGUCCUCUUAGGAGACUGUCUCGAAUGACCGCCGUCGAUCUAACCAUUCUAAUUUCCGCAGUGGAACGGAUCCGACUCGUCGUUCGCAUAGUCGACCAGCGUCAAUCAGUGCUGGGGAGAGUUUUCAUCAACCUCGUGGCGUGGAAUCCGUGUUCGACAUAUAGAGUAGAGCGUGCUCUCCUCAACUACGGAACGAUGGCAUAGUGCGCUACAGUUGGAUAAUUUGAAAGUGCUCUUGCUGAAAAUUCACUGCCAUGACAAAUAAGGACUACCUGUGUGGCGUCGGAGUUUUCCGACCCUCAUGGCUACAGAGAUUCGCAUCAUCCCGAUGCUAUGCGCUGGUCUUCGCUUGCUUGGGAAUCCUGCAAUCAUCGUUCCGCUCCUAUCUGGUCGGCACAUUAUCGACAAUCGAGAAGAGAUUCUCUCUGUCCUCGAAACAGAGCAGUAUAAUCAUGAUCGGAGACGACAUAUCACCAGUCAUCGGCUCGAUCGUGAUCAUUCUCUUCAUGAGAGACUGUUCCAAGCCCAGGUACAUCGGGUUGGCGAUGCUCGCUUCAGGAUUUGCCUGCGCGUUCGCAAUGUUUCCUUUCCUGUUGUACGGGACGUCCACGCACCUCGGUGCCAUCGACGCUACGAGCCCGAAUAUGACGUUUUCAGCAGCUGGAAGUAGAGUUGAAUUCUGUGGAGCUGAGCUCGACGACCCGAAAUGCCACACGCAGCAUGAUGACGGCUCCAUGUCCAUCAUCCCGCUGUGGAGCCUAUUCCUGGCCAAUUUUCUGAAUGGCGCCGGCGGCACCGGAUACUACGUGCUCGGAACUGCCUACCUCGACGAUAACGUGAAAAAGAAGCACACUUCAUUGUAUUUGGGGAGUCUGUACUUCGUGAGGAUGUUGGGUCCCGCUCUCGGAUUCAGCUUGAGCUCCCGCUUCCUCCGCUUCCAGGAGAAUCUCAGCCCCAGCGUCGAAGGGGGACUUACGCCGAAAGAUCCUAAUUGGAUCGGCGCCUGGUGGGUCGGCUACAUAAUUAUCGGUGCCGGAUUGUUGCUCAUGGCAUUUCCGACGCUCAUGUUCCCGAAGAAAAUUCGCCAGAAAUCCGAAGCCAACAUGCGUUCCCAUGAGAAAAUUCAAUCGGUGAAGGCGGAGUUGAAAUCUGCUCUUCUGGUCAUAGGCCGCGUGUUGCGAAUUCCUACCUACACGUUCCGGCUGCUUGGAUUCAUAUCUAGCUAUAUCGCACUGGCAGGAUAUUUCAUCACUUUCCCGAAAUACCUCGAGCAUCAAUUCCAAACAACGGCAGCGCAAGCCAGCGCCAUCACGGGGCCAGUAUACAUUCUCUCGAAUGCUCUCGGGAUCCUGAUCGGCGCCAUAUUCAUGCAUUUCGUCAAACCCCCGCCGAGGAUCGUCGCGAUUCACUGUCUCUUGGCAAACUUCAUCGCGACCCUCGGGUUUUAUUUCCUCUCGUCGGUCAGCUGCGACGUUCCAAGAACCUUGCCCGGGAAUGACUGCGCGUGUCCGUGCACGUUUUCCGUGUCAACUCCGAUCUGUGAUCUUGCGAGCGGUACUCAGUACUUCUCGCCCUGUGCGGCCGGAUGUCCGCCGCAAAACACCUCGACGAAGCUCUACACCGAAUGUGGUUGUGAGGAUCAAACUCUCGAUAUAGCCACCGGGAGGUGUCCGGUAAACUGCGAAAAUUCCCUCCUCGUCUACGGAAUUGCCAUCUUCUCUAUUCAGAUGGCUCUUUCCACAACAUAUGUCGGCGGUAAUCUCCUCUCUCUGAGAGCCGUAAUGCCUGAAGACAAAAGUACUUCGCUGGCGUUCACCAGUACAUGUCUGAACCUGUUCGCCUUCAUUCCUUAUCCGAUCAUCUAUUCAUUCAUCACGGACAGCGCCUGCGAAAUCUGGGAGUCGAAAUGCGGUUCGACGGGCGCGUGUUGGAUAUACGACCUGCUCAAAAUGCGCCAAGGACUACAUUUAGUCAGUGCUUCCUUGCUCUUCAUCUGCACCUGCUUCCAGAUUGUGGUUGUAUGGGACAGCGUGAACAUAAGAAACUUCUACGAAGACCCCGCCGAUGCUGAAAAAGAACAUGAGGACAGCAAGCACGGUGAUGAAUCGGAAUCGGCUAAGAGUCCGAUCGGAGCUGGUCCGCCGAGAAAUGCUCUGGACAAUGAUAUUGCGACAGAAGAAGCACAAGAGCUCAUCAGUUCCAAGGCGAGAGACGAUGGAGCUCGGAGUUGACCGGGGAUGCUUUCGUCGCGGAAGUAAACUAUACCCUUCAAUAAAAUCCUCCUUGCCGGCUGACGGUGAUCCC